UUUAUCUCCUUUGAAAAAAAAGGACCCGACGACAUGGCGUUGGGUCCCUCUUUAAUCUCCUUCAUUCUCUCUCACUAGAAACUAGAAAGCAACUCUUCAUACUCACAAGUAGAAGAAGCCAUGGCAACACCAACACAACCCAAAAUCAGUUAUUCUCUAAAACCCUCAAAUCUCACUUCCAAAACCUUUUUUAAAACUACUAACUGCAACAUACACUCUUCUUCUUCUACUCUAUGUCUCAACACAGUUCAAAACUUCUCAAAACUAAAACUUUCAGCUUCAGCAGCUGACUCAAUUGUCUCUCAAGAAGAAUCGCCCACUCACAAACAGAAGCUUGGAGUGGUGGUGAAGCCAAUGGAGAAGCCAAGGAUAGUGUUGAAGCUAAUUUGGAUGGAGAAGGCAAUUGGAGUUGCACUAGACCAGGUGAUACCAGGUUUUGGCUCUAUUCCUUUAAGUCCUUACUACUUUUGGCCCAACGAAGAUGCUUGGGAACAGCUUAAGGUGUUGCUUGAAAGCAAACCCUGGAUUUCGCGAAAGCAAAUGCAUUUACUUCUUAAUCAGGCUACUGAUAUCAUUAACCUCUGGCAAGGAAGUGGUUCCAAUUCCUUGUGAGUU